CUCGUCACGUAGUGGCCUCACAGAACUCUUGAUAUACCUUGAUUCUCGUAUUUUUAACUUUUUAUGUACAUAAUUACUUUUUGUAUCCGGCGAAAGAGAAAUAUUUGCAUUUGCCUGCUGUGGCAAUUGGAUCUACCAGACAUUUACGCAAGUUCGUAGUUAAAACUAUAUUCGCUUUGUUCGACUGACGACUGCUGCUACUUAAUUAAAUUAACUAUAUUUAAACUUUUGACCGAUAAUUUCCGUGACGUAUUGUGAAAGUAUAAUUAAAGCAAUCGGUAGUAAUUUUCGGACUAACACGGCUUGGAUUCGCAGUUCCUAUUUUCUACUGAGACGCAUAGCUUCGCAACAAAUCGUUUAUCUAUCGGUGGAAAAUUCCAUUUCCUCGCAACUUAAACACACAACCGCUUGGAGAACCACGAUUAUUAGAAAUAUGGGCGAUUGCAGUGUUGACUUGGAUAAAUGUUACGAAGUUGUGUCACAGUUGGUAGACAAAGCUGGAGCGUUGGUGGCUAAGCGUAAUGAAACCCGUCAAGAGUUUGAAGAAAAGGCAAAUGAUAUUGAUUUGGUCACAGCCACCGAUAAGGAGGUGGAGCAAAUGCUUAUUCAGGGAUUGCUCGAUUCAUUUCCCGACCAUAAAUUCAUUGGAGAGGAAGAGAGUGCUGCUGGUGGAACACCGAAUAAGCUGACAGAUGCGCCCACCUGGAUUAUUGAUCCAGUAGAUGGCACUAUGAACUUCGUACAUUCCUUUCCACACUCGUGCAUUUCAAUUGGCUUGAAGGUGAACAAGGUCACCGAAAUUGGCGUUGUUUACAAUCCAAUGCUGCAACAGCGUUUCAGUGCACGCCGCGGUCAGGGUGCCUUCCUCAAUGGACGUCGCAUACAAGUGAGCGGUCAAAAGGAAUUGGGGAAAUCUUUGAUUACCACCGAAUUUGGCACAGCACGUGAUACUGAGAAGCUGAAAAUAAUUUUCGAGAAUUUCCAGAAAAUUAUACCCAAGGUGCAUGGCAUUCGUAUGCUGGGUGCUGCGGCGCUCAAUCUCUGCAUGGUCGCUCUAGGUGCGGCAGAUAUCAAUUUCGAAUUUGGCGUUCAUGCUUGGGAUGUAUGCGCUGGAGAGCUGCUAGUGCUUGAAGCAGGUGGCGUAAUCAUUGAUCCGACAGGCGAUAAAUUCGAUAUCAUGUCUCGACGUGUAUUGGCUGCUUCUAGUGAGGAAUUGGCACAAGAGUUUGCCAAGCAAUUAACACAGUUCUAUCCACAGCCACGAGAUGAUUAAGUUGGGGAUCGAAUUUAUAUCACUCAAAGAUGUAUAUUUUAUGGCUGCGUGCAACAACAGCAAUAUUGUGAAGUUUGAAAUUAUAUACUCGUAUGAAUGUAUACCAAGUAUUUUUUUUAGGAACUGUUAAAAAAGGUAGUGGAAAUUUUAUGCAAAUCUAAAUAUAAAUGUAAAUUAUGUACUUCAUUGUGUGAAAGCCACAAAUAUUUGUUGUAGUAAAUUUUCAGAGUCUCAAAGAGGUUAAUAAAAUGUUCUUUAAAUGCGUAUCGUAUUUGUAACUACUUUUUUUUUUUGUUGAGUUAAAGCCAUUGUAAGAGUAUAUAAUAUGCACAUGAUAAUUAACCAAUUAUGAAACAUUUGUAAGCAAGUCUGGGUAUCUUGUAAAUCGUUUAGUGCCCAUUUACCACAUCUGAAAACAGGAAAUAUUUAGUUGUAAAAUUGUGUUCUAUUGAAAUCGAUGUACAUACUAUAUGAAUCUCAAUAACUCAGGAAAGUCAAAACGGCUUAAAAAUUAAUUGGCAAGCAUUCGAAAUUGCGUUAGUUCCUUCAAUUAUAAAUAAAUGUUUUUAAUAAAACCCCAA